AAAAUAAUAAUGAAGGAGACCCGGAUCUCGAGAGACAAGAGCCCUGCUUAUUCCACCGUCUGGGUUAGCCACGUACUGGAGGUCGGCCGAGAGAGAGACGACGACGACCACCACUAGCAGCACGCAGCAGCGGCAGAAGGAGGCGGCUGCUAGGUGAAGCUCCCCAGGGAAGAGCAUGAAAAGCUUGGUUCAGAGCCACAUCAACGUCGGCGUCAUCGCCGGCGUGCUCUUCGUGCUCCUCACCUACCUCGUCGUCUCGCAGCAGACUGCCAUCAGCCGCCCCAACGUUGUCACUACGGUAGCACAAUGGCUCUCGAAUAAGCAGCAGAUCGGAGGAGGUCCCGGUGAAAAAGUUGUCACUACGGGAGAGCAACAGAUCGCGGAUAAACAGCUGAUUCAAGGCCCAAGUAAAACAGAGAAGGCCAACAAGGUAGUGUGCAGCACGGAGGAGCGGUUGUCUGACUACUGCGAGGUUGAUGGCGACGUCCGCGUCAACGGCAAAGCCUGGUCGGUGGACAUCGUGCCGCCCUCGGGCUGGUCGGAGCGGCGGGAGUGGAAGAUCCGGCCGUACUCGCGCCGGAGCGCGGCCAACGUCGACAGGCUCAACGUGACGCAGCUGCAGGACCCGGCGGCCGCCCCGCCGUGCACGGUGACCCACCACGUCCCAGGCGUCGUGUUCGCGCUCGGCGGGUACUCGGGCAACGCCUUCCACGACCAUGCCGACGUGCUGCUGCCGCUGUUCCUCGCGUCGCUGCGGUACGGCCGCGAGGUCCAGUUCCUCGUCAUCAACCGGGUGCAGCCGUGGUGGCUGGGCAAGUACAGGCUCGCGCUGCGGCGGCUGUCCAGGUACGACGUCGUGAACCUCGACGGCGACGCCCACGUCCGGUGCUUCCCGCACCUCACCGUGGGCCUCCGCCUGCACAAAGACUUCGGCGUCGUCCCCGAGUGGGUGCCGGGAAAGCGGCGCGUCUCCAUGCCCGACUUCACCAGGUUCCUGCGCGAGGCGUACGCGCUCCCACGCGGCGCGCCGGUCAGCCGGGAGCCGGGCAAGAGGCCGCGGCUGAUGCUGAUCCAGCGGCAGCGCUCCCGGAGGUUCCUGAACGGGGAGGAGAUGGCGCGGGCGGCGGAGGCGGCGGGGUUCGAAGUCGUGGUGACGGAGCUGAUGUUAGACGCGGCCGUGGACGAGCAGGCGCGGGUGGUGAACUCGUUCGACGUGAUGGUGGGCAUCCACGGCGCCGGGAUGACGAACGAGGUGUUCCUGCCGCCCGGCGGGGUGCUCAUCCAGGUGGUGCCGUGGGGAAAGCUGGACCUGAUGGCUAGGAUCGAGUACGGCGAGCCGGCCACGGACAUGGGGCUCAAGUACCUCUGCUACAACGUCACCCUGGAGGAGAGCUCGCUGCUGGAGCUGCUGGGGCGCGACCACCCGGCGAUCAAGGACCCGGAUUCCGUGCACCGCAGCGGCUGGGCUGCCAUGUACGACAUCUACAUGACCAAGCAGGACGUUCGCCUCGACAUCACACGCUUCGCGCUCACGCUCGCGGAAGCCAUGGACCACCUACGCCGCCUGCAGUAGAGGUCUUGUCUUGAUUCCAGGAACUCAGUCUGCGUGAUCUGCUUCACUGCUUGCAUGGAGAUGGGGGUAUAUCACUACAUCUUUUCUUUUCUUUUUGAUGGUUUGUAUUCGUGCAAAUUAAGCGGCCACUUGUACAUGUCGCUUACGUUUCUGUAAUCCUUGUGCUCUGUAGUCUAUAGUGUUGGUGGAGCCGCACCACAAGAUGCAUCGUUGGCCUAUAUAUAUUGGUUUGCUCGAGUACAGCAGAAUUAAGCCGUUUGAUCGGAUCUUUAAUUAGCCAAGUUGUAGAUCA